AUGGCAACCAAGGCAAAGAGGUUUUGCAAUAGGUCGUAUUUUCUAUGUACCACCUGGUACGGGAGAAAUUUUCUACUUGAGAUGUUUGUUGAAUCAAGUUCGAGGUCCAACNGAGAAAUUUUCUACUUGAGAUGUUUGUUGAAUCAAGUUCGAGGUCCAACCUGUUUUGCAGAUAUAAGGACCGUUGAUGGAGUAGAGUUCAUGAAUUUUCAAGAUGCAUGUUAUGCUCGAGGCUUAGUUGAUGAUGAUAAAGAAUAUGUAGAUGCAAUUGAAGAAGCAAGUGAAAGGGCAUCAUCAUCUAAUCUAAGGAGAUUAGAUUGUUUGGGAAACAAUUUGGGAGCAUUUGUCAGAGAUGCCGAAUAUUAUAUAAGAAAGACGCUACAAAAACCAGAUUUGGUGCUAAACAAUAGCGACAAACAAAAUUUUGCCUUGAUGGAGAUUGAGAAGAUCUUAACUGCUGUGGGUAAGAGUUUGAGUGACUUUGCUCCUAUGCCAACACCAAAUAUUGACAUGUACUCAGUGGCAACAAAUCGUUUGAUACAAGAGGAAUUGGGAUAUGAUUGUGAUAGUAUGAAGUUUGAGAACCAGUUGCUGGUUAAACAGCUGACUAGAGAGCAAAGGGAGAUAUAUGAUGAGAUUAUUGAUGAUAUCGAGAAGAGCAGUGGAGGGUUGUUCUUUGUUUAUGGUUAUGGUGGAAUUGGAAAGACUUUUUUGUGGAAUGCAUUAUCUUCUGGUUUAAGGUCUAAGGGUGAGAUUGUAUUGAAUGUUGCUUCAAGCGGCAUAGCAUCUCUUUUAUUACCAGGUGGGCGAACUGCGCAUUCGAGAGACGGAGACUUUGAAAUCACCAUUCCAGAUCAGUUUUUACUCAAAAGUAAUGGUGACCCAAUUGCUACAAUUGUUGAAAGUACUUUCCCUAGAUUUCGAAGUAGUCACAAUGAUAUUACAGAUCUACAGCAUAGUGCUAUUUUGGCUCCAACUCUUGAUGUUGUGGAUAACAUCAAUUAA